AUGUCGUCGGUUAAUGAUAACAUAGCUGCUGGCACCAAGCGGAAACGCAAUGGGGACCCAAAGUUCUAUGCGGUGAAGAUUGGGUUUCAGCCUGGAAUAUAUCAUCAGUGGAGCGAAUGUUUGGCCCAAGUGACGGGAUUUAAGGGAGCAGUCUUCCAAUCCUUUCCUUCCCGAGCGGAGGCCGAUGCGUUCCUUACUGGCAACAGAGCUCCAUCUCCACAGGGCGGCUCGACUACGAUAUGUACGAAGUUCUACGGCAUUCAGAGGGGCAGGGUACCAGGUGUAUACACAGACUGGGCAAAGGCGCAAGAUCAAGUGAAAGGAUUCCGUGGACCUCGAUAUCGCAAGUUCUCUACCAGAGAGGAAGCCGAGGCAUUCGUACGAGAUGGCCAGGCGCCUUUAAAUAAGGCUUCACUGCCAGGAGCGCCAGGGAUGAUGGAAAGCAAUUCCAAGGACGAGACUGGCGAGGAAUAUCCGGCAGGAACUGGCCCACUGCCGCCUGGUGCGGACGACGGAUUCGACCCUAACGUUCUACUUGAUCCGACUACGGGGAAAAUAGUGUAUAAAACAACGACACAGAAGGAGGCGACUAAGCUACAACCGAAACCAUCUGGUCCUCCGGGCAUGCUUAAGAUUUACACUGAUGGGAGUGCUUUGAGGAACGGAACUGCACGAGCUAAAGCUGGCGUUGGCGUGUAUUUUGGGCCAGACGAUGAAAGCAGAAAUGUCUCAGAACCCUUAGUAGGCAGCCGCCAAACCAAUCAACGCGCCGAAUUAACGGCCAUAUCUCGGGCACUUGACAUCGCUCCUAAACACCGCGAUGUCACAAUAUUUACCGACAGCAAAUACUCGAUCGACUGUGUGACAGUAUGGUAUAUAAACUGGCAACGGAACAAUUGGACAACAGCAGCCCAGAAACCGGUCGAGAACAAGGACCUCGUUCAAUCCAUUUUAGCUAAGAUCGAAGAACGCAAGUCAUUGAAAGUGAAGACGUUAUUCGAGUGGGUAAAGGGACAUAAUAAACAUGCAGGCAACGAGGCCGCAGAUCGGCUAGCGGUGAAUGGCGCAAAUAUGGAGGAUGUGAAAGUUGAGGAAUUGUCGGAGAGCGCUGAGGGUGCGAAGAGCAGAAGUAAGAGCAAGAGUCAGUCGCGGCAUGAUAGUGACUAG